GAUGUGAUUCUGGCCACCGGUGGGUACGACCAUCACAUCCGCUUCUGGUCGGCACACAAUGGCAUUUGUCAGCGCAUUGCCCACCACUCAGACAGUCAAGUGAAUGCUCUGGAGAUAACCCCCGAUCGGCACCGAUUGGCCGCUGCUGGCUAUCAACACAUCCGGAUGUAUGACAUACUCAUUCCCAACGCCAACCCUGUCGUCAACUAUGAGGGCGUCUCCAAGAAUAUCACUUCAAUUGGUUUCCAAAGCGAUGGCAAAUGGAUGUACAGCGGAGGCGAAGACGGAUCCGUGAGAAUCUGGGACUUAAGGGCGCGAAACCUUCAGUGCCAGCGACUCCUGCAGACGUCAAACCCCAUCAAUUGUCUGGCACUACAUCCCAACCAAACGGAACUCUAUAUCGGAGACCAGAGUGGAGUCAUCCAUAUCUGGGACCUCCAGAGCGGUUCCGACCGCAGCGAGCAGUUGGAAGUGGAGUACGACAUAUCCAUCCAAGACAUUAGCAUCGAGUGUGAGGGCAACCAAAUGGCUGCCGUCGACAACAAAGGCAACGCUUAUAUCUUCGCCUUAAAGCACAACAAAGGCGUCGACGGCCUCCAGAAGCGACUCAAAUACAAAGCCCACAAGAAGUUUAUCCUCAGAUGUCGUUAUAGUCCCGACUCAACACUGCUGUCGACCGCCAGCGCCGACCAAACGGCUAAGAUCUGGAGGACCGCAGACUUGUCUGAUUUGAACUCAUUGUCGCAAACCAUCGAAAGCGAUAAGAAGUCAAACAAACAGCUGAACGGCGCCCACAACUGGCCUAAAGUGGACUCUAUUUUACCUGCCGUUGAGCUCAAAGAUCCCAAUCAGCGAUGGGUUUGGGAUUUAGGCUUUUCCGCCGAUUCCCAGUUCAUUAUAACCGGCUCAUCUGAUAAUAACGCCCGACUCUGGAAUGUCUUCACUGGUGAUGUCAAACGUGAAUACAAUGGA